GCUAACUGAAUCGCAGUUUGAUUUAUAUAGCUUCGGCAUUCACGAUUUGUGUGUAAGGUGAUGUUAACUGUAUUAUUAUUACAAAAUUGUAAAUUUUCACGUAGCAAGGAAUUUUAAUUAACGCUUUUAAUAUAUGUAGACAAUUUUUUUGUACAUAAAGAAAAAUGAAUAUAAUAUUCCGAAAGCUUUUAACAAAUGGCGAAAUAAUGUUAAUCGCUACAAUAGCACUUUGCACUGGUAUCAAUACCGAAAAUGACACUACAGGUCGUUACCAUUUACCAGAUUACAUAAUACCAUUGCAUUAUAAUGUCAAUAUAAUAUUUGACUACAAAACAAAUUAUGUUAUUGGAAAAUGUAGCAUACUUAUACAUAUUACUCGUGAAACAGAAAAUAUAUCUAUGCAUCUAGUGACUUUUGCUGUAAUAAAAAUUGUUUUGUAUGACACCCAUCAUAGUAAAAAAGUUCACGUUCCAAAAUAUUUAUUUAAUACUGAACUAAAUAUGUUUAUGAUCCAUUUUACCAAGGACCCAAAAGUUUCAAAAUAUUUACCGGCUGGUAUAUACACUCUAAUACUGACAUAUAUAUGUGACAUAAAAAAUAACAAAAAACACUUUUAUAAAUCUUUAUACACAAAUAGAACACUGGACAACAAACUGUUAAUAGCGACAGGUGUUGAUAUAAUGACAGCUCGACAACUAUUCCCAUGUUGGGACGAGAUAGAACUUUAUUCCGUUUUCAAAAUUUCCAUUCAGCAUCAUAAAAAUUACACAGCUUUAUCAAAUAUGCUUAUACAAACGACAGAAAAUGACAAUGACAUGAUGUGGACACAUUUUAAGAAAUCUGUUAUGUCCAUUCAACAUUUAAAGGUUGUGGUAACCACAUUCACUAGCAUUUCUACUUCGGUUGGAAAUGUCACAUUUUGGAGUAGAAGAAAUGUAACGAACCGUUUAAAAUUAGCAAAAUGUAUUGCCCAAAAAGUUCUAUAUUUUUUGAAACGUGAAAAUAAUAUGGACAAAUUAGCAAAAAUGGACUAUGUUGCAUUCUGGGAUACUCAACACAAUAACAAUAUGAUAUGGGGAUUAACUUUACUGAUUUUACAAAGAGAAACUGAUAUUCAUGUCGAAGAUUCAGAUUCCGUUGGGCAUAAAUUGAAAGUGGCACAUUUUAUAACAAAUCAAAUAGUAUCUGUUUGGUAUAAUGAUGUGUUGCUAUGGUCGAAAACAGGUUUCACUACAUUAUUUGCAACGUACAUUUUAUAUCAGAUUCCUGUGGAUUAUAACAUAAUGAAUUUAUUUAUCGCCGAAACACAACGGGAAUCUUUUCUCUUUAAUACUGCUUCAAAUGCAAUCGAAACGAAUUCACUUAGCUAUCAUCUAGAUCAUGUGAAACCAUCCAAUAUAUGGCGCAUGUUACACCAUUUGAUAACUCCUGAUAUAUUUUGGACGGGUAUCCACACAUAUGUUAAUAGCAAACAAUAUAAUCAAACAAAUGAUUUAUGGAACAUGGUGCAAACUAUUAUACCAAAUAACUCAAACGCAUUUAUUGUAAAAAGACUUAUAUCUGUUUGGAUAGCGAAAAAAUAUUAUCCUGUACUGCACGUAAUACGAAAUCAUUUGGCUAGCAAGACAACAUUCCAAUUUCAAAUUAACCGUUUUAACGGGGAUACAGAAUAUCUUUCAGUAUUUGUGACGUAUACGACAAAAUCAGAAAUAAACUUUCACGAUAUUUUUGCCAAUAAAUCCUUUUGGCUAUCACCGCAAAAUUCGACAGAAUUAAAGCAAAAGUUUGAAAAAAAAGAUUGGAUUAUAGUCAAUUUACAACAAACAGGGUAUUAUCGUGUUAAUUAUGAUACUGAAAAUUGGCUUAAUCUUGCGCAAUACAUGAAUUCUGUGAAAUAUGUCGACAUUCAUGUUCUCAAUCGGGCUCAAAUCAUAGAUGAUGCGUUUUACUUCCUUACACGUAGACAACUUGAUUAUCUUACGUUUUGGGAAAUAUCUGCAUUUUUAUCACGAGAAAUGAAUUAUGUAGUAUGGUAUCCGAUGUUUAAAGUUUUUGAACAUAUGAGUGUUAUAGUUUCAAUUAAAAACACUGAUCCCCUAAAA